AUGGACACCGCCGAAGGGGCGCCCGAGGACGACAAGUCUCCGGUUAAGCCUUCGGACAACAACGAGGAAGAUGGAAACGAAGGCCAAAAUCGCAAGAAGGCGAACGUCAGGAAGCGGACCAAGACCGGUUGUUUAACUUGUCGAAAACGUCGUAUCAAGUGUGACGAAGGAAGACCGAUUUGCAGUAACUGUAUCAAGUCGAAAAGGCACUGUGAGGGAUACAACCAACGAGUCAUCUUCAAAGAUCCUAUCGGCUCAUUCAACCUAAAUGGUGUUUACGGUCCUGUUGUCUAUCCCCCCGAGGCAUCAAAUCCGCCUUUCCAUCGGCUCGCCAACCCUCCGCCCAAGUCCUCUAAUGCGCCUCCUCUUGCGCCAAUUGCCCCCAAACCACCACAACAUAUGGACUAUGGGGGCCAACAUAUGCUUCAGUAUGGCCAAGGCUUCCCAGGCUCGUCGUCGACACAUCACCCUUCGUCCUCACCCUUCGACUUCAACCAAUUCUCCUUUGGACAGCAACCGCAAAUGCCUCCGACACCCUCCAUGACAUCGCCUAUCAGUCCCGACCAGUUUCAAGGGCCAUUUGGCGGCUCCCACAGUGCUUUCGUCAGUCCGAACACUGACAAUGGUGCUUUCACUCACAUACAACCGGAACAGUGGCAAAGACAGCCAUCGGUCCACACGCGGAUGGAGCAGGCCAACGCCUACGCCAGUGAUCCUAUUCGGAUGGAAGAGUUCAUGGACCAACCCGAUAUUGAGUACACGUACUCCGACGACGAUGCCUCCAUGGCCGAUUCUGAAGACGGAUUCGAAGAUCUUAUGGGCGAGGAGAGCGCGUAUGGACAAUUGGUUCAGGCUCGCUCGGAUGGUCCCUGGGAUGGCUUUGGGACAAAGGUCAGGACGUUCUCAGCGUUCGCGGAGGAAACGAUUCUUACGUCGUAUAUUCCGACACCCAACAACUCGCCCCUCAACGACGAACGGACGGCGGCGCUGUUCUGGCAUUUCAUCAACGUGACAGGGCCCAGCAUGUCCCUGUACGAGAGGCAUCCGUUCGACCACACCAAACUGAUGAACAAUUAUUCCAUUCCAAAGGCUGGAAACAACCUCUGGACCUACACAUUUCCCAUCUUGUCCUUCAACCAUCCGGCACUCCUGCAAGCAAUGCUUGCCCUAGGCGCUCUGCAAAUAGCGAAGCUGCAGCAGAUACCACCUACGGCGGCAAUGAAGCACUACCACCUAUCCAUCCGAAGAGUGGCGAAGAAUGUACGAAGCGUGAAGAGGAGGAUAACUCCAGCGACACUUGCCGCCACUCUGCUUUUGGGAUACUUUGAAGUUUGGAACUCGGACCACACCAAAUGGUGUAACCACCUGUUUGGCGCGAGGUUAUUGAUCAAGGAGAUCCCCUUCAGGAAAUGGACGAGGAACAUACUGCCGCUGAAGCGAGCCAGGAGAGCUCUGUUCCAAGAAAGCCAAAACCAACCGUUCGAUCCGUUUUACAUGGGGCACGACAACACUCACAUGAUGAACCACGACAUGGACGACCUGGAUCACCAUCUCUUGAGCCAGUUGACCAACCAACACGUUUCAUAUGAGGACGACACGCCCGCCUCUGGAAACUACUACACGGACCGCGAUAUUGAACACUACGAACAUCUUCGAGAUUUGUACUGGUGGUACUGUAAGAUGGAUGUUUAUCAGAGCAUGCUGGGUGGAGGGAAGCCUUUUAUGGACUAUCAGCAUUGGACGCAAUGCCCGCCACGAGCACCGAUGGGUCGGUUAGAAGCCAUUUACGGAACUUACGACCACUUGAUGCUUUUGCUGGGUCGUUUAUGCAGCUUCGCAUCCAAAGAUCUUCCACGAAAAAGGAAGUCAUUCAAGGGCUUCGGGCCUCCCGGCGGCCCGCCCGGAGGACCCCCAGGUGGUCCACCGGGGGCACCGCCAAACGCGGGUGGCCCUCCGAAAGGGAAUCAGGGAUGGGGUCCGCCGGGGAUGGCGAGUGGGAUGCCCGGAGGCGGGCCGCCCCCUGCGAUGAUGGGAGGAAUGCCCGGGGGACCAACCGGGGGACCACCGGUGGGAAUGCCGCCCUCGGGCAUGAUGGGCGGUCCGCCAGGCGGGCCAAUGGGCCCCCCGCCAGGCAUGAUGCCCGGAGGACCCGGCGGUUCGCCUCCCAUGUUCCCCGGCAUGUUGCCGAAUCUCGGAAAGGUGACACUACCAAUGGGUUUCAGCCCUCCAAGAGACGACUCCCCACCCCCGCCCGAUGGCUCACCCGAGGAUCUCGACUCGGAUAUCGCCGAAGAAGCAGCCAUGCGGGAGUGGGAGAGCCUCCGCAACGCCUUUGAGCUGCUCAAGUCCCGGUUCGGACCCGAAUUCCAGCCCUUGGGGGCCGAGUACUCCGACCACAGGGACUCACCGUUCGGCCCGACCUUGCAGUAUCGUACGUUCUCCGUGGCUGGCAUCUGGAUGAAUUACUACAUGGGCUUGAUCCAUCUCUACCGCGCGCAUCCGAAGAUGCCUCCUGCUGCCAUGAUUGCUGCCGGUAUCCAGGCUCAGCACACUGCCAAGUUCGCCAUCGAGAUUGGCCGCAUCGCGGCUGGCUUGACCGAUGACAUCUCGAACGCCACGGAAAUCAGCACUUUGGUGGGGGCAGCUCUGAUUGAGAGCGCUUUCUGCUUGUUUGUAGGAGCAAUCCAGUACCGAGACGACGCUCAACGUCACUGGAUAGUCAGGCGGAUGCACGACGUCGCACGUCUCACAGGCUGGCAGUCAGCCAGACAGAUCGCCGAGGGCUGCGAAUCCGGCUGGAAGAAGGCCGCGGCCAUGGGCAGAGGCCCGCCGUAUACGCGGGAUCCAACCCUUCGCACUGUGGUGCCUCCGUCGGUAUGGUUGAACCCGAGAAGGAUCGGGGCCAGGCUGGAGUUGCUGGAUGGCGACGAUAAGAUGCUGGUGGUCGCCAAGACGGAGCGGGCGCAUUACGCCCUGGGACUGCUCAGCGUCGAGCAGGAGCUAGAGAGGCUUGUUAUCAAGGAAGAGGGGUAA